AUGGGUUGCUUGCAAUCAACAGAAUCUAUGGAUUUCGAUACAAUUCAACCAGUUGUAUUACGAACUUCGGGAGGUAUUGCAACAUAUAGCGGUACGACUGAACGAGGCCGAUGUCAAACACUUGGCGAUGCAGAAAUGGCAUUGACUGAAGAUUGUUUCUAUUCUCAAGCAAUCGGAACUGGUUGUUGUGGAGACCAAGGACUAAUGAGAAUUCCGAUUUCAGCAGUCAAAGAUAUACGACAACAGUCAUAUUUCAAUGGACGUUAUCGUGUUGAUCAUCCUCACUUGGUAAUAACCUAUACUACUACCGAUACGAACGGCUCUCAUGAGCAUCAAGCCGGUUGGCAAAUGAAUGAUAUUGCAUAUAAUCAGUGGAAAACUGCUAUCGAACAAUUAAAAGAACGGGAUCCAUCACCUCAACAAGCAUAA